AUGUACAAUCCUUACCAACCUCCAGGUGCUUACGGCCAUCCUCAGGACUAUGGUGCAUACCCCGGUGCGCCUGGCGCACCCCCGGGCAUGGCUCCUCCUCCAGGGAUGGCAGCACCCGGUACAGCCCCUCCUGCGGCCAUGCAACAGACGAACGCCCAGCAACCUGGCCGUGGAGGAUUCCCGGCCAACUUUCAACCGCCACCAAAUAUGCCCAACAUCAACUUCUCCGCCCCAGUGAUUCGCCUGGGCACUUCCGGUCCGGCGAAGCCUACCGGGCCAGAAAUGGGCCGCGAGCGUGGACCAGAGGGCCCUGGGCGUCGGGCUGGUCUCGGUUCUUCUAGCGAAGGACAGCGCCACCACGGCCGCGAUACGAUGAUGCCCCAGCCGCCUACCCGGGAUGAGAUCGUGAGAACACUUUUUGUCGGUGGAAUCACGGAGGGCGCCGGUGGUGAUGAUGGCAUUGAGCGCAUUCUGCAAUCGGCGGGCCGCUUGCGACGAUGGAUUCGGGCGACAGAUGCCGAUGAGAAGCCUUGUCGGUUUGGUUUUGCUGAGUUUGAUGACCCGGAGAGUCUGGAGACAGCAGUUGAGGUACUCCAGGACAUUGAGGUUCCUAUUAAGCGACAAGUGCCUCGCGCUGAGGGCGAAGAAGAGCAAGAAAUUGAGAAAAGCACUCUUCUUGUUGUGGUGGAUGAGAGCACAACCAAAUACUUGGAGCAGUUCAAGGACAGCCGAGGCGAACGAGACCCCGAAGAGAUCAACGCACGCUUUGAGGCUGCCCGUGGUGAACUGAAGAAUGUUCUGAAAAGCCUGUUUCACCCUGCAAACCCCACCCAGAAAGAAGAUGCCUCUGCAGUUGACAGGGAAGGUGAUAUUGAGAUGCAAGAUGGCGAUACUCCAAAAGACGGAGAGGUUGUCACUAUUCCUAUCACUAUUGAGGAUGAAUUGGCCGAUAUCCCCCCGGAGAUGCGCGCAAAUGUGGCCAAGGAAAUUGCUGCAUUCCGCGAACGGAGUAACCGCCGUGAUAUUGAGCGACUGAAGCGCGAGGAAGAGAUUGAGACUAUGGAGCGUAAUCGCAAUUCUGGUUCGCGCUACAACCGCCUUGCAUCUCCCCCUGCCUCGGCUCCCAGCGGCCCCGCUGGUGGUGCGAACAACAUCCCUCUUGGCCCCCGUGAGCGUGGUAUGCCCAACGCACCGGCCGGCCCCAAAGGAUUUGGUGUUCAGAUCCCGAAGGAUUACCAGAAGGGCGUGUCAUUUGUCAAUGGUGGUACCAAUGGAUCCCUAGCCUACGGAAGCCGUGAAGAUGAGGACUCAGAUGCGAGCGAUGAGGAGCUUGAGCGCCGUCGCCAGGCCAAGCGUGAUGCGGAACAGGAGAAGCAAUUCCUCGACCAGGAGCGCCGGUGGCUCAACCGAGAGCGAAGCCGAACAGCCGCUCUGGAGCGUGAGAAGAAGCGUGACAAGGAGGAGGAUGGCAAGCUGCAGGCUGCUCACGAUGAGAUGGAAGAGCGGAUGAAGGAGUGGAACGAUGAUGUUGAGGCCAGCCGUAAGACCUCCGAGUACUACGCUGACCGUGGUGCUUGGCUCCGAAACCGUGCAGUAUACCGUGCUCGCGAAGCCAGCUUGGACGAGGCUGAUCGUGCUGCUGAGGAGCGCGAGCGUGCCCAGUCCGCCAAGAAACAGGAGCAGGCCCGUGGUGCUGCGGACGAUUUCCUCGCCCGCCAGGCUCAGGAGCUGGAGGCCCGUCCACAAGAGCCACGCGAGCCUCAGCGCUUCAAGUUGUCUCUCGGAGCUGCGGCUCAAAAGGCCCAGGCCGCAACCACUCGUCGGACCGCGGCCGAAGUCGAAGGCUUGCUGGAAGACGAGGAGGAACCUGCCACGGUCACCCGCCGCCCUCUUAUCCCGAUCAAAUUCGAUACCGCUGCCGAGGCUGCUGGUCUUUCAGACGAGGAGCGGGCACAGGCGGCGCGCCAGCUGGCCGCAGAAAUCCCCACCGACAAGGAGGGGCUGUGGAACUGGACCGUCAAGUGGGAGUUUGUGGACGAAGCUGUUCUCAGCGAUCAGAUCAAGCCCUUUGUCGAAAAGAAAAUCGUCGAAUACUUGGGUGUGCAGGAACAAAUGCUGGUGGAUGUUGUGGAGGGACAUAUUCGCCAGAAGGGCUCUCCCCAGGAGCUGGUGGAUCAGCUUGCAGAGGCUUUGGACGAGGAAGCCGAGGUGCUGGUUCGCAAGUUAUGGCGGAUGCUCAUUUUCUUCUCAGAGAGCGAGAAACGUGGAUUGUCGGCAUAG